GUUGGGUAUUAUUAGAACGGGAGCAGCAAAACAUGAGUGAAUUCACGCAAACCGCCACCGUGACGCAGCAGCAAACGGUCGUCCAGCCGUACAUACGGUACGACCCGGAGUACGUGCGGACCAUCCCGGGCAUCGUGAAGAUUGUGUGCAUCGUGCUCAAUCUCAUCGGGUUCAUCUGCAUCGAGUUCUCGUACUUCAGCUACAGGCCCCAAGGUUCCUUCUUCAACACGGUCGCGAUGCUUGGCUUUUGGUUUAGCGGCAUCAUGCUGGUGUUUUAUUUGUUUCACGUUUGUGAAAAGUUUCAUAAAAUCCCCUGGUUAAAAAUAGAACUGUACUUUUGUGCCGCCUGGGCGGCCAUGUACAUGAUAGCGUCCUCGGUGGCAGCCGCAACCAGCAUCGAAGCGUUUCAGGCAGCAGCGUUCUUCGGUUACUGCGCCAUGGUCGCGUACGGUGUGGAUGCGUUUUUGAAGUUCAAAUCUGUCCGUGCUGGAGAAAUCGCACAAGGAUCACGAACCGUCCAUGUACAGCAGCAGCAGCAGACGGUUUCGACGCUUACCGCAUAGGACAGGGGCGAAUAAUUAGCUGCAAAGUGUUUACAAA